AUGAACCCAGUACAGGUGCUCGCAUCGCGGCUGCGUCUCGCCAAUGGCAACCUACACAUCAAGCUCAGCAGAGACUCUCGCCACGAUAUCCUCGUCGACAAGGAUAUUGUCAAGGACGCUUGUCGAGCCCUCGAGCCACGUCUGCGAUCUCGAGAUGACCCUCGCUACAUCGCCAAAUUCGACUCCUCAAGCAAAGUCCUCCUUCCUGGCAACGACCAACCGACCAAUGUCUUCACCAUUGCGCUGAAGUUUAUCGACAGCACAUUCGUCCUCGAAGGCAGUACCUUUGAAGACAUUCCCAGAGAUAUCGACAGCUACUGGUCCUUUGACCAAUCUGUGCUCGCUAUUGAUUGGCCUGAGCCGAACUGCCGUCUUUCCCCUGUCAAGCACGACCCCGGGGACGCUACGAUUGCACGACAAUACAUUGCCCUCUUCAACAUCCUCCAUGGUCGCCCACUAAUCAUUCGAGAUCUGCCUCCUUACGACCUACCUCUCAAAAAGACCGAGCAUUUGGACUGGCACGUCGAGUUCGUCGUUGAGAUGUGCGCCAGGGCUGAGUAUCUCGAUUGUCUGCCUCGCAUCACAAAGCCGAUUCUGGAUGCUCUGUUCUCGGAGCCUCUUUUCGGGCAAACCGUGGCGGAAGAUCCAGCUCGAUACCUCAUCCUGGCCGAAAAGCUUCACAGCAAAGAGCUCUACUUCGACUGUCUUCGCCAGAUGUUGGCCCGGCCCAAUGACGAGGCUCACCGCCCAUUCUUACUCGAACUUUUCGACAUGACCGACUUUGACUUUACCGACUUCACCACUCAAAACCUCAAGUACCAGCAGCAAGCCAUCCAGACUUUGCGACGUAAUCUCCGUCAGCUGGAGUUAUUCCAAACCUGGUCUAGAGAUUGGGAUGGUGUCAACAGAGACGACAAGUACACCACCUACUUGAGCAAAGCGAAAUACGAUCGACUCCCCAAGAACGUCCGCAAGAGUCCCGAGAAGAAGGUUGCUGCACAAGCCACAGCAAACUCAGCUGCAGCGAUCGAGAUGGUCGCUCGAUCGCAAUGGGGCCAGUACAUGGCGCAGAUGGAAGUUGGCGACCGCAUCUUCAUCAACAGAUACAGACGUGCUUUACCAGCAGGUCCACUGUGCUAUGCGAUCCGCGAUAUCGAGAAGCACGCAGCCUCGAAGAAUCCGUCUCUGCUCUUUGGAAAGGCAGCGGCCCGGCGACUUGCCAAGAUCAUGCAUUUCGACGAGAGCUCCAAUGUUGAGCUAGGGGAGGUUCUCAAUGCCAUCGUCCUGAAGGCGAAUGACAUUAUCAAGGAGGCUCUCUCCCCGGACGUCAUGUCUGACAGUAACGGCGAAACACUGGUCUGA